CACGGACUAGUCAGACUCGCACAGUGUGGCUUUUGCAGCGGACACAUCUGACCGGACUGGCGCUUUAAGAGAAGGUAAUAAGACAAUGAUGGAGCUAAUGACCGCUAGCCCUUCUUAUCACUUCAAUUCAACAGACGCCACUGGAAGAAAUGACUCUUUGUACGAUGGUGACGAUGAAUAUGACUAUAAGGACGAACAUGCAGAACUGAGACAGUCUCUCAACAUCAUGUCUCUCAUUGUUUACUGCCUGGCCUUUGUUCUCGGUGUUCUCGGGAAUGGAGUGGUUAUCUGGGUGACCGGCUUCAAGAUGAAGAAAACCGUUAACACAGUUUGGUUCCUCAACCUGGCUGUGGCCGACUUCCUCUUCACAGCGUUCCUGCCCCUGAGUGUGACCUACACAGCUAUGGAUUUCCACUGGCCUUUCGGCAAGUUCAUGUGCAAACUGAACAGCACGAUAAGCUUUCUGAACAUGUUCGCCAGCGUCUACAUCCUGGUGGUGAUCAGCGUGGACAGGUGUGUGUCUGUGGUGUGGCCCGUCUGGGCUCAGAACCACCGAAGUGUCCAGAAGGCGUCCUUUGUGAGUCUGGGCGUUUGGGUCCUGGCUCUGGUUCUCAGCGCUCCGUACUUCAUCUUCAGGGACACCGGACCAUCGUACAACAAUGACGACAUCAUCAACUGCUUCAACAACUUUGCCUUUUCUGACGACUAUGAAACACCGUCUGUCAAUCAGCUGCGACAGUUUCGUCAUCAGGCCAUGACCAUCACCCGCUUCCUCCUGGGAUUUGUUGUCCCCUUCACAGUCAUCGUCUCCUGUUAUGCUGUGAUAAUCCAUCGCCUCAGAAGAAACCGCACCCUGGCCAGCCAGUCCAGUCGCCCCUUUAAGAUCAUCGCCGCAGUUAUCACCACCUUCUUCCUGUGCUGGGCUCCUUAUCACAUCAUGGCUCUAAUUGAGAUGGUCAAUCACAUGGCUACCCAUACAAAUGAAACAUUGGAUCAUGUCACCACUAUCGGAGUCCCCAUCGCAACCAGCCUGGCCUUCCUCAACAGCUGCCUGAAUCCACUGCUGUACGUGUUCAUGGGACAAGAUUUCAAAGACAAAGUCCGCAAAUCCAUCCUGAAUGUGCUGGAGACCGCCUUCCAGGAAGAGGUUUCCCGCUCUUAUACCUACACAAACUCCAUGGUCACUAGUCGGAGCAAAGAGAAGUCAGUUUCUGAUGCCGAGGUGUAAAGUUGUCCAUGACAUGACUAAAAAAUACUGUAACUGUACAUAGAAAAUGUAACUGUACAUAACAAAUAUCUAAGCUUUUGUUGUUGUCGUUUUUGUAUUAAAGUACGCUGAAAUCGACCGAUACAUUAUAUGAGAUUGAAACAUUUCACCGGUGACAGUUUGACUGAUAGGAGUUAUGAUUGGCAUCUUCACCAGCAGUACUUACAAUCUGGAGGAGCAGAAAUGAUGACAUGAAUACUUUUAGAUCUAUUUGUAAUGCAUUUAAACAUUUCGAAAAGAUGCUAAAUUAAAAUGUCCUUAUUGAUAAUUAUAACGUUUUUUUUCUUGGAUGAAAGAAAAAGAUGCACACACAAAUUACAGACGUAGCCAAAGCUACAAAAACGUAAUAACCUACAGAGAAAGUGGCUAUAAUUAUGUUUUGAGUAACAAUGGUGCCUCUUUAUGACACAGUCCUAUUGUUGGCUGCACUUUGACUCACAGCAAUGUAUUUACUCUGUGCAAUACUAGACCUACUGGAUUUGAUAUGUCUUUUAUUUUAAUGAGAGAGAGAGAAAAAAGUCAUAAUUUCAAAAUAGCUAUUAAAACAGUUUAGAGUUCAGUUUGUAUAACACAUGCAACAAAAAAGGUAAAAUUUAGUUGGCAAAGGGAACUUUACAUGCUUCACCUGUCACAUACAGUCCAGAUGUUGAUUCCUUCAGUAUGUGACAGAAAAGAAAAUGUUUGAAGAAUGAUAUUAGACCAUAUUAAUAAUUUAAACCCACCUUGAUAAUAUAGUAUGACAAAGAAAGAAGAAGCCUUUCUUGCCAUAUGAUACAGUAAGAUAUAAAAUAAUGUAUUGCAACAUAAUUCUAAAGAGUCUACAGUGUGAAAUAGUUUUGGUGAACCAAGAGAGAAUUUCCCAACUUGCCCUUUACACGUAACUCAAUCCAACCAUGUAAAGUGGGCAGCUACUUCAAUUUAUUAUGCUAGAUUUACUUGCUUAUUUACUCGUGGAUUGAGUAAAAUACCCUGUAAUGUCUAUUUCUUAUCCCACCUGCCAUGAGACAAAAUCAUUUGACUGAUCUGUCUUGACUGCUAAAUGUCUGCUGCAUGCUUUGAUAACAUCUUUUUUACAUUUGUUAUUCAGCACUAGGAAAGGCUAAUGUAAACCUAAUGCACACCUUUAUAACAACUCUGAGAUUAUCAUGCUUAAAUUAGCAGCGGCUGCAUUGUAUACUUGGCUUGGUUUAAUAUUUUGAUAAUUUUUUUUUUUUCGGGGGGCAAUUUGUUCACUAUAUGAGUACGUGUAUUUUGUGCCAUAAUCUGUAAAUGUAUCCUUUACAGAUUAUUUUAAUACGUGAUUAAUCUGCAAGUUGUGUACUUUCUCUAAAUCAAAAAUGUCGUGUUAAAAAACAAAAAUUGAGAAAAUUGUCGUUCCCACUUUCAAGUGUCUAUUUUUGUCCAACCAAAAGCGAAAAAAGAAAAGAUUUUCAGUUCAUUAUAAACAUAAUUUUUUUUAAAGUCAAAUUUUAGAAGCUAUAGGAUCAGUAAAUAUUUGUAAUUUUUGUCCAAAAAAUAAAUGAAGAAAAAUGGAACACUUAUCUUAUGUACAGUAUGACUUUGGUUCAUGUGGCAUAUUGUGAUGAACCACACGGUAAAAGAUUUGUUUUAAUGUAAACAAUGUAAAUGAUAAUUUGAUUGUCUCUAUAAAUGAUGAUAAUGAGUGCUAUUGUGGUUCCUGUUGUGUAUUAAAAUUGUUAAUAAAAUAUUAUUUUG